UUGUUGUUAGCUUUGUACCCCCGUUAAUACUACACCAAAACCUCACCACCAAAAACACCCCCAUCAAGUCUAGCGGUACUUGGUACUAUCGCUGACGUGGUGGACGUCGUUGACAAGUCCUUGUCCUCGUUAUGUCCUCAAUCGCCCGGUUAAGCUCGGGUUCUUUGUUUAAGAAUUUGUCUUCAAAACUUUCAUUUUUACAACUACCUUCAAUUCGAAUACUUCUUCCAAAAUUCCUAACAGACCUUCAUUGGAUUGAUCAUGAUAGCAUUUUAUUAGCUGCGCCAAAAAAGAGAAAGUCUUACAGCCGAAAGCGUAUGAGACAGCUCGCGGGAAAGGCACUAGUGAACAAAACAAAUAUUAAUCGCUGUCCGAUUUGUGGAGGGUACAAACUCGCACACAACCUUUGUCCCAUGUGCUACAAGAAUUUACGAAAGGAAUGGAGAAACUCAUGCGAUGUAAUUAAUAAAUGAACGGAACGUGUGUUUUCCAACACAACUUUCAGCUGGAUUAUGUUCUCUAUGCGGAGCCCAGAGCUCAUAUAAGAAGAGGGUAAAUAUCAGGUAAUAUUUAAGUGAAGAUUGAUCGUUAUGAAGUUAGAAGCAUUUAAUCAUACAUUACACCGUGAAGACAACAUAAAGAAGGAAUAAAACGUGAAAGCCGACUACCGCAGUAAGGACAGACGAAGUUAAAAGUAAAAGAGGGUAUGUGUAAGAGGAAUUGAAAGAAACAAGAUAAAGAACAAUCCGACCAAGAACAGCGGUAGCCGAUGCAACGAAAGGAAAAAGGACACCGGGUAAAACAACGUACUGCUUUGUUUCAGUGUCUUUCUCGUCGUCAUGGAUGGCUGCACUCAGUAUACAGCUUCGGAACCCAAGAGGUCCCAUAAUGCUGUAGUCGUUUUGUUGACUGCUGAAGUACGGUUUAACCAACACGGAUAAUUAGUAGUAAAAAAAGUAAAUAAAUGGCAGAAGAUGACAGCCAACGAAACGUGUGCUAAACCGUGCUGCAAAGCAGACAGCUCCUGCGAGGAUGACCCAAAUGCAAAUUAGCAGAUAGUUAGCAGACAAACGGGUUAGUACGUCCAAGCAUGGAUGUGAAAAGCCGAACAUGCAAGAAUCUUCGAGUGUGGGGAUGUGAUGCCAUGAGCGAAAGUGGUAGCGACAGAACUCAGGAUCUCCAGGAUUCAGCGUUCAUACGCUCCCGGCGAACAUGGUCCUCACGGACAGUCUGGACUCCGUUGCAAGUGCUCGUAGCGAAACACUUAACAACGUGGUACAUUUUUGUGCCUGGCAAAGACACAGUGAUGGAGGCAGGGCGGCUGCGUUGUUGUUUCGACGAAUACUUAGCUUCAUCGAUGCGCAAGAUUUCGCCUUCUAUGGCGGUACCAUUUUUGUUGUAGUCAACGACAGCGUGGAAGGGCGGCACCUUGGGGAGAAAAACGCGAAUGUUUCCCUCUUGACGGUGACGCUGCAACCACGCCUUUCGAGAAUAGUUAGUCGUUGACGGAGAUGUCAAAGGCAUCGCCGCGGACGAAGUCGCUGUUGCAGGAACAGAAGUGCUGAUCGUAGGCACAGCGGGAGCAUGAGGAAGUAUGGGGAAGCUAACGGUAGGCGUAGUUGAAGCAACGCGAGCUCGACUUGUAGGAGUCGAAGCCAUGACACCGGGCGACUCGAAGACGUUGCCGUUAGAAAUGGA